AUGAAAGACGAAGACCACGAAAGCUACUUCGCAUACUUUAGAAUGCUCCCUCGACAAUUUGAUUUCUUGUUGUCUCUGGUUGAGCCUCUUAUCGGCAAAUGCAACAGGAGAAGAGAUACUAUUUCUUCAUCAGAAAGGCUUGCUUUGACAUUACGUUAUUUGGCGUCUGGUGACAGCCCUCGAAGCUUAUCAUUCAGCUACAGGAUUGGCUUGACUACUGUUCAUAGAAUAAUUGGGGAUGUUACUGAAGCAAUCUGGUCCACUCUUUUGAGUGCAGGAUAUAUUAAAGCACCAGAGAGUUCUUUUGAGUGGGAGAAAAUAGCAGGAGAGUUUGAAAGACGGUGGAACUUCCCUCAUUGUUGUGGAGCCAUGGAUGGAAAGCACAUCAGGAUGCAAGCUCCCCCAUCAGCUGGUAGCAGAUAUUAUAAUUACAAACUGUGGCACAGCAUUGUCCUACUUGCAGUUGUAUCAGCUGAUUAUACUUUUUAUUGA